AUGGGCAGCAAGCAUGAUAUUGCGGACGUUUUGGUCAUUGGGGCCGGUGCGUCCGGCGGAGCGUUCACCUGGAGCCUGACCCAGGCCGGCGUCAAGGUGGUGUGCCUGGAGCAGGGCGGCUGGGUGCCUACGAACGCCUUCCCGGUCAGCGAGCCGCAGGCGCAGCUCCACUGGCAGGCCGAUUUUCAUCCCAAUCCCCAAUUUCAGGGGAUUGCCGGAGGACUAUCCGGUCAACGAGAAUGA